AUGAAUACAGAUAGCGACCUGUAUGACCCCGAUGAAGUCCUGCCUAGGAACAGCCCGCUCUUGCAGCCGCUUCGUCCUACGCUCCGACCGCCGACUCCGAGCCCGCCGCCGAUCACCUCGCCCCAGUCCAUCAGUUCCGCUUCUAGCUUUGGUGACAAGAAACCGCGUGUUCGUAUGCCGAGACCAACCUUGGGCGAUGGGAUCCUGAUUAGCUACUUGGACAACCAUCGGCAGCACGACAUCGCCCUCCAAGCCAGCGUGAACGGUUUGCCAUGCGAGCCCGAAUCUCCCGCGGAUACCGAUCUCAUCGACGACACCGGCUCUUUAUACAGCGCCGUUUCGCCAGGGGGCCGACGGUCUGGCAGGGACAACGACAAAGGCGGGGGGACAUACACGAGCUCGAGAAUGUCUGUUGAUCCGCCUGGGCUGGAGAGUUUGGGAGGGUUCGAUUUGAAAAGUCUGGCGGCAGGUGCCUUGGCUGCAGUUAUCACGGACGCGCAACCUGAAGCCCCUACCGCCACGGAAACGAAGCUACCUGAUACUGAGGCUGGUUCUGGGUUACAAAGACCACCGGCACCACCGGCACCACCGGCACCACCACCACCAGUGCUCAAGGCGCCGGUAAUACCGGUGCGAUCAAACUCCUUCCGGGAUGAACGCCCUGCCGCCAUAUCAGCACCGCCUCCGGUGCCUCCAUACGGCCCUAUCUCUCCUCGCGAGCAAGGCCACCAUUCUCCCAGCAACAGUAUCACAUCGGCAACCCUCAGCGAAGGUUUGGCCCCCCUCAAGCUUAACUCGCUGAGGUUUGAGAACAACGGACCCACGCUUCCGUCCAUCCGAUCUACUUUUGGGGACAUCAAUCAGCUUCGCAACAACGUUGCUGCUGAGCAUGAGAGAAUGCGGUCUGCUACGUUCCCACGGUCUCCUCCUGCCACCACGCCGCGAUUGCCUUCAUUAGGCGGCCAUGGCUCGCCGCCACCUUUGUCACCAGUUGACAGUUUUCGGGGACCUCUUUCCCCGAGCCACUCUCUUGUACACCCAGCAGCAAGCCCUCCAGGGACCUAUGGCGGCUAUUAUGCACAAAUGGGCAGCCAUCCUCGGCAAUCCGACUAUGCGAGCAGUUCAACGGCCACUCCCGGUUCUGAGCAAUCGGUCUCCACCCCCGGGGCAAAUAAUUCUAAUCAUAAUAGCAUCGACCGAAUAGGUUCGAUACCGCUGGAGGGCGUCACACACAUUGGGACCUAUGUCUGCAAAUUCAGCGGGUGCAACGCCCAGCCGUUUGCUACUCAGUACCUGUUGAACUCCCACGCCAAUGUACACUCUUCUGCCCGGCCACAUUAUUGCCCUGUUGCGGGGUGCCCCCGUAGCGAGGGAGGCAAAGGAUUCAAACGCAAAAACGAAAUGAUACGGCACGGUCUGGUCCAUGAUUCACCGGGAUAUGUGUGUCCAUUUUGCCCUGACAGAGAGCACAAGUAUCCAAGACCAGACAAUCUUCAGAGACACGUUCGUGUACACCACGUUGACAAGGAUAAAGACGACCCACUACUCCGCGAUGUACUUUCACAACGGCCCGACGGACCAAGCAGGGGAAGACGACGACGAGGUGGCCCUGGGUGAGACCUAUUUGGGCGCUCUACUUUGAAAUACACCUUUCGAACACCAUCCCAAGAAACACUACGAUUAUCUUCUCUGCACAUACCUUUUUUCACGCAUUUGCAACACCUUCAACACGACGGUCUAUUUGUAGUAUAUACGCAUAACGUUUUUUUAGUGAAACCGAGCGAGCCCGGAGUUGCGCUUUUCUUCUAGGAGUUGGGGUUGAUGGCGCGUGUGGGCAAGCAAGAGGUGUGAGGCAUUUGACGGGGGUGAAAAGGUGUUUUGGCACGUGGUGCAGGGGUUACCGUGUUACUGAGGAGGUUAUGAUACGGCAUGGCGUUGUGUUUUGGAAUUUUUUGGGGGGGUUUGAUGUUGUUUCGUUAUUAGUCGAUAUACCAUGUUGUUCUUUUUAUACUGUCAAGUUGGGAGAUGGAAAGGAGGAAGGCAAAGGUCAAGGAAAUUGGACGGAUCGGUCGGAAUUUGCAACAUACAACUGUUGCAAAAAAGGAAAGGUUAGGGAAGGCAAGGAAUGGAAGGAUACCCCGUCUCUCGUUCUCUCUCGUUCUACAUUUUCAUUUGUGUUUUUUUCUUUCCCCGGAACUUCACUGUGGAUUUGAGUCUCCUGCUGGGCUUCGGGAUGUUGCGGGAGGGAAAGAUUUGGGGUGGAUAGGUCAGGACGAGGCAUGGCAUUUUUACCAGUACUGGCGAGUGCUGGGAUGCCUCGGAAACAGGGCGAAAACAGGACCUGGCCAAGAUGCAACAUGAUGAAGGUUGAGGGGCAGGGAGGGAUUUGGGGCAUGGAACGGAUGGGAAAUGGGCGCAGCAUUGGGGCCUGCAUUGAUCAUGGCACACAACAAACAUUGCGUUGCAUUCACCUAAGCGUUGGGAUUUUGCGCAUGCGUUUGUUUGUAGAUGCUACCAUAGCUACCGGCUUGUCGACUGUCUUGAUAUGUAGGAUCCAGUUCAGGACAGAGAGACAGGGACAGCUUUGCCCAGGAAGGCGAGAAUUUACAGGAACUUUCCAGAGGAAGA